AGCAGCUUUCCGCUUUCUCUCGUGUGCUCCUCAUCAUCACCACCACCACCACCACUCUCUCCCUCCCUCAAUCGCCGUCAUCAUGUCGGUGCUCAAGCCGAGCAUCGCUCCCGUGCCCUCGGCGGCCGACUUCCUCGACAUCGUCUUGAGCAAGACGCAGAGGAAGACGCCCACUGUCAUCCACCCGGGCUACAAGAUCACCCGUAUCAGAGCAUUCUAUAUGCGCAAGGUCAUGUUCACAAAGGACACGAUCAACGAGAAGCUCGAUGCCAUGAUUCAGGAGUUCCCCAUCCUCGACGAUGUGCACCCAUUCACCUCGUCGCUCAUGAAUGUCCUCUACGACAAGAAUCAUUACAAGCUUGCGUUGGGCCAAAUCAAUACUGCUCGCCACUUGGUCGAGCAAGUCGCAAAGGACUACGUCCGCCUGAUCAAGUUCGGAGACUCCCUCUAUAGAUGCAAGCAGCUUAAACGCUCUGCCAUGGGUCGCAUGGCUACCAUCAUCCGCCGUCAAAAGGACCCCCUCGCCUACCUCGAGCAAGUCCGUCAGCACAUCUCGCGUCUCCCCUCCAUUGACCCCUCGACCCGCACGCUCCUCAUCUGCGGUUACCCCAAUGUCGGCAAGUCAUCCUUCAUCAACAAGGUGACUCGUGCAGACGUCGAUGUGCAGCCGUACGCCUUCACAACCAAGUCUCUCUUCGUGGGUCACAUGGACUACAAGUACCUGAGAUGGCAGGUAGUCGACACGCCUGGUAUCUUGGACCACCCUCUCGAAGAGAUGAACACCAUUGAGAUGCAGUCCAUUACUGCGCUUGCUCACUUGCGAGCUGCUAUUCUCUAUUUCAUGGAUCUGUCCGAGCAGUGUGGCUACACGGUCGAGGCCCAGGUACAGCUCUUCAAUUCCAUCAAGCCCCUCUUCGCCAACAAGCCCACGAUUCUCGCCCUCAACAAGUCGGAUGCUAUGCGUUUGAGCGAUCUUGACGACUCGAGGGCGGCACUUGUGCGCAGCAUCGUUGAUGACCCGAGCAGCAACGUCAUCUUGUGUGAAAUGAGCACCUACAGUGAAGAGGGUGUCAUCGAGGCCCGAGACAAAGCCUGUGAUGCCCUUCUGGAGAUGCGCGUGGAGCAAAAGACCCGUGGCCCCAAAGGCAAUGCCAUUCUCUCCCGCCUACAUGUUGCCCAGCCGCAAAAGCGAGACGACGUGGAGCGCAAGCCCUUCGUCCCCGCCGGCCAUGCCGACCGCAAGAAGUACGACCGCAAUGACCCGGAGCGCCGCCACACGGAGCGCGACAUUCAGGAGGCGCAUGGCGGUGCGGGCGUGCACAGCAUCGACUUCAAAAAGAACUACAUCCUCGACGACGACUCAUGGAAGUACGACGUCAUGCCUGAGAUCCAAGGAGGAAAGAACAUUGCCGACUUUGUCGAUCCGGACAUUCUGGAGCGUCUGGACGCCCUCGAGCGCGAAGAGGAGAAAUUGGAGGCCGACGGAUUCUACGACGAUCUGGAGGGACCCGAGGAGCCGGAAGACGAAGAGGAUCGUGAGAUUCGUGAAGCGGCAGAGGCCAUUCGUGCUCGUCAGUUGAGGGCGAAGGCGUUGAGUCAGGACAAGAACAAGCAGAAGAACUUGAGCAGGCUGCCGAGGAAGAUGCAGACUAGAACCAUGAGCGAGAUGAGCGAAAAGCUCAAGGCGAUCGGGAUUGAUCCGAGCUCCAUUGAGGCGAGGGCGCAGCUGCUUGCCAAGGCCAAGGGGAUGCCGUCUGCUACAGGCAAGCGCGGGCGUGGCGGGGACGAGGAUGAAGAGAUGGACGACGAUGAGGAGGACGAGGAAGCGCAGUGGGAGGACGAGGACGGCUCAAUGGAGGUGGAUGACCCCGACGCCUCGACCUCUUCCCGCCACAAGAAGCUCAAGUCCUCUUCUGGCACACCGAUCACCCGCGCAAUCAUCGCCCGCAAUGCUGCCUCUGGGCUUGGCAGCACGACUAAGUCCGGCGGCCACCCAUCAGCGCGUGCAGGCCCCGUCAGGCGUCCGACUCGCAAUCGUCAGACGGAGGGCUUGCCCACGCAAGAGGUGCAGGACAAGGUCAGGUCACUCAAUGAUCUCUCGUUGCGUGACAGGAACAGGAACGCAAAGGCGGGAGAGAGUGACAGGGCGAUCAAGGAGAAGAAGCCAAAGUGGUUGUUGGCAGGGAAGCGCAAGCAAGGCACGACGAGGAGCCGCUAA